AUGGCCGCGCUUGCUCACUGUUCCGCGCGCCUGGCUCUCCGCAUUUCUUGCAGCUGGGCUGCUGAUGGAUCCUCCGCCGCUACCGGAGUCUCCGCGCCAACGCGCGCCAAUCUUGCUCCGCGCGCGCUGGUGCAGCCCCAGCGCGCUGCUGCAGAACCGUCUGCGCAACCCGCAUCACCAUCCGCAGAGCCGCCCACCGUUUCGCGCCGCGCGUCGCUCGCGCUGCUCGCCAGCCUUUCCGUCUCCGCCAUCGGCGGAGCGGCGGGCGGAGCGGACUGGGCGAGUUCCAGCAGCGCCUCCGCGCUGACCGGCUGGUUCCUCCCCGCGCCCGCGAUCGCAGCGGAGGAUUCCUCGUCGUCGCCGGCGACGUCGCAGCAGCGCAUCGUGCGACUGCGCGACGUGGACGACAUCGAGCUGCAGAACGCGCUGCGAGCGGCGGUCGCCGGCGAUUUAGAAACCGCGGAGGGAAAAUUCACCCAGCUGAUCGAGCGACUGCCGGAAAGCGCUUCCAUGUGGUCCAAUAGGGGGUCCGUUAGAAUGUCCCUGGGAAGAUACGACGAAGCUGCUGAGGACUUCGCGCGCGCGAUUGAGCUGGCGCCGACCGCGCCUGUGCCGCUGUUGAACCGCGGGAUUGCGCUGUCGGCGCUAGGGCGGUACAAGGAGGCGCUCAAGGACUGCCGUGCCGCCGUGAAGGUGGACCCCAAGGAGCCAGCGGCGUGGUUCAACCUGGGCAUGGUGGAGAGCCGCCUAGCCCACUACGCCGCGUCCCUCGACGCCCUCAAGACCGCCGCGCUGCUCGCACCGGGCAUAGCUGGUUACCGCAUGGCCACUGCUGUCGUGCUCGUGCAGCUGGGGUCCACGGGGCAGGCAGAGCAGAUCCUAAAGGCCCUCGUGCGCAAGUACCCCAACUAUGCUGAGGCACACGCAGCGCUGGCAGCCGUGUCAUGGCAGAAGGGCGAGACGGCCGCGGCGGAGGAGCAGUUCUCACGAGGCUCCGCGCUGCAGCCACAGCUGCGCAACCUGGAGUGA